CAAAAGCUGAUGAAGCAAUUCGUUCUCCAAAACCCUAGUUUUUAGGGCAGUAAAACCUAACAAUCCCAACUCUCCUUCUCCCGCCAAUUCCGAAAGCGACAGCGAAAGCUCCCAUUCCAGCUACGAUCCCACGUACUCCUCCGACGAACCCAUGUACCCGAAACGGCAGAGACUCCGUGGCCGGAUAAGGAAAGCAGCCGUCGAUCGAAUCACCGCAUUGCCCGAAUCUUUGCUCCUCCACGUUCUCUCCAUCUGAUAGGAAUAUAGGGACUCAAUUGUACUUUUGUUAGUCAAAGGGGGUGCUUGUGUAACUCUUGUAAUCUUGUAACAGAUCUGUAACUGAAUUGUUACGAGUGGAGGGGGAUAUAAGGUGUAAGGAGGGAGAGAGUUAGGUCGUGGAUUCUGUAACUCAUUUCUUUUCUCUCUUUUCUCUCCGAAACUCUCUCUCUGCAAUUCUUUUCUCCUCUCAUCUGUAAUUGACAUUUGCUCUUAAUAAUAAAACCCAAAGCUUAGUUCUUGAAUCAUUUCUUUGUUCCAAGCCUAUCAUCAUCUUGCCCAUCGAAGACGCCGCCAAAGGAGUUGCAAUUUGAUAAGUGCGAUGUGAUGCCCAAAGGAGUUGUUUGUUGGAAUUCGCUGAAGAAAUUGUCAAUUGGGUCUACGAGAUUGAGUGAAUCUGUGAUUCAGAAGAUAUUAGUCGGUAGUCCUGGAGAUUCUGGAGUUGUAUUACUUUUAUGGUUUCAAUCGUUUGCACGUUAGUAAUGAAAGUGUGAAAUAACUGAUACUGAGAGACUUUUGGGAACACGAUGAAGAAGUAGAAGAAGAAUACCGAACUGACGGAUACCAUUCUGUGUUGGAAGUUUCAGCUCCUCAUCUUCAUUCGUUUGAGAUUUCGGGUUAUUUAGGUGAUAAAUUUUGUCGGCUUGGAGAUGUAUCAUCUUUGGUUGAUGCUAACCUCAAUUUUCACAUGACGAUCUAUAGAGAUCGUUCAAAUGAGUAUAUAAGGUAUGAAAAUAUGUUAAGAGGACUUCUCCAGAGCCUUGUUCAUGUGAAGAAGAUCACUUCAGGUACUUUGGCUAUACAGGUAUUAAGUAUGAUGGAAGCAAAAGGAUUGCGCUCUCCACUGUUGAACUGUGAGAGUUUAACAUUAAAUACGCAUAUCUGGAAACCAGUCCUCCCUGAGAUAGCAAACAUGUUGGAAAGUUCACCUAAACUGAAGACAUUAGUCAUAAUGGCAUCCUCUUCCAGCUAUUGCGACUACUUUUGGGAUGAAUACACCGAACAUCGCAAUUUUGACGAAAAGAGCUAUUGGACAUCAAGAAAGAAGCCAGCCUUGUGUUUGAUGUCAAGUCUCCAAGAAGUUAAGUUUAUCGGUUUAGGAAUUUAUGACUUUGACUUCCACUUCCACUUGUCUUUUUCACAAUUUGUACUGAAGAAUGCGAGGGUGCUCCAAAAGAAGGUUAUUAACUGAUUCAAAAACGGAGAGUUGCAACUGGCCAAAGGAACUUGUCCGAGCAGCUCGAAAGCUUUUAAGCUUUCCAAGAUCAUCUCCCAAUGGAGUAGUUUUGUUCUGAGUAAACUGGACAACUCAAAACCAUUUUUCUUUUUCCUUUUUUUGGUGCUACAGAAUAUUAAACCAUUUUUCUUUCUUGGCUAUUACUGGUUUGUGCUGUUUUAUUUUCUGAUGCAGGGCUAUAGUUAUUGGAUGUCUUUUAAUAUUAAAUUGUUAAACCUUGUUACUGUUUUGGUUGUCAA